CGGAAAAUCCACUUUCCCCGGAUGCUCGAGGCAGGGGUCAAGUCGAGAGUCUGAGGGGACGACGAGAGUAUGCGAGAGGGCGCACCUCAGUGACGGCCUUGUCUGUGCGGUUAAGAAGAAGGCAAAGGUCGACCGCCAAACUUCUCGCGGCUCCCAAAACACCAUGCCCGCACGCUGAGAUACUAUCGAGAAAGCUCUCUGUACGAACCGGGCCCCGUGCCAGAGAAUUCUAGUAAGAUUAGGUCGUCUACAAAGAUUGAGAUUAGGACAGACAGGAGAAUUUUAUUUUUUUCCUUGGGCCAAAGCCCCUGAGUAUCACAAUGGGGGACAAACGAGGCCACUUGGGCAACUCGGUCCGGUCCAUCACGAUCGCGACGGCCAUCAGCAUGGCAGGGUUCCUCUACGGCCUCGACACGGGCAUCAUCGCGUCUACCAUCGCGCACUCGACCUUCAAGCGCGCCAUGUACGGCGCCGCCAUGAAGAACGCGGCCAUCCAGGGCGGCAUCGUGUCGGCCUACUACGGUGGGUCGGCCGUCGGGUCCGCGGCGUCGGGCUGGACCAUGGACGCGUGCUCGCGCCGCUGGUCGCUCCUCAUCGGCUCGGCCGUCUCCGUCGUCGGCGCCGUCGUGCAGGCCGCCGCGGCGGGCCCGGCCAUGAUGAUCGCGGGCCGCGCCCUCAGCGGCUUCUCCACGGGCAUGGUCUACCCCGUCGCGCCCGUGUACCUGUCCGAGAUCUCGCCGCCCGAGAACAGGGCGUUCCUGGUCGGGCUCAAGGGCCUGAUGAACACGCUCGGCUUCUUCGCCGCGGGCUGGAUCGGCUACGCCGGCUCGUUCGCCACUGGGGACUUGCAGUGGCGGAUACCGCUGGCAACGCAGGCGCCGCCGGCAUUGCUGCUGGCCAUCAUGACGUUUUUCCUUCCGUACUCUCCUCGCUGGUUGAUGCAAAAACAACAAUACGAAGACGCCAAAAAGACGAUGCACUACCUCCACGAGCACCGCGGCGAGGACUUCAUCGAGCAGGAGUACGCCCGGAUGUACGAGCAGAUCGCCAUCGAGGCCAACCGCAAAAAGGCGGCGCGGUGGGGCGUCCUCUUCACGCGGCGCUACAUCCGGCGGACGCUGCUGGGCUGCCUCAUCGUCAACAUGACCAAGCUCUCGGGCUCAAACAUCAUCCAGAACUACCAGACGCUCAUGUACGACGCGCUCGGGUACAAGGGGCAGCAGGUGCUGCUGAUCCAGGCCCUGUACGGCUUCAUGGCCCUGGUGGCGCAGGCCGUGUCCGUCUUCACCAUAUCGGACCACUGGCCGCGCCGGCCGACCGUCAUCGGGGGCGAGGUCUGCCUCGUGGCCAUCCUGUGCAUCCUGACGGGCCUGUCGGCCGCCUUCCCCGACGACCGCAACCCCGACGGCAGCCGCGCGGGGGUGGCCUUCAUCUACCUCUUCGCCUUCGCCUACUCCUUCUUCUUCAACAGCGUCGUGUGGGUGCUGGUGGCCGAGAUCUUCCCGCUCGACCUGCGCGGCGUCGGCGUCGGCUUCUCCGUCUUCUCCCAGGCCAUCACCGCCAUCUGGCUGUCCUUCGCCGCCAGCAUCGCCUUCCAGGAGAUCGCGUGGCGCUUCUACUUUGUCUUCAUCGCCUGCAACGUCUUUGCCGGCCUGUGCUACUUCUUCUUCCUGCCCGAGACCAACCAGCUCGGACUGGAGGAGAUUGCGGCCCGCUUUGGUGACGUCGUCGCCGCUCCGCUGGAGAAGAACGUCGAGACGCCACCCUCGCCUGUGCAGCGGAAUAUUUCGGCUGCCGAACAGUCGGCUAACCCCGAUAAGACAGAGUCAACCGCGCACAUCGAGCGCGCCGCUGAUGGCAAGAGCAAUGUCUGA